AUGAGACCACCACUUCCCUCUGUGACGCCAACGUGGCACAAUGAUACCUACCCGGCCAUCGCGCCUACACGGCCAGAGCUGAGCAUGACCGGCAAGACAGUGAUCAUCACUGGUGCGGGCAGUGGUAUUGGUCGAGCCACAGCAUGCGCGUUUGCGAAGGCCGGCGCCAGCUCCAUCGUUCUCAUCGGUCGCAAUGAAUCCAAGUUACGGGAGACUGAGCAAAAUCUCCUGGGAUUUCAAGUCAAGGUUGUUGUUCAUUCCAUCGACGUGACUGAUGAGGGUCGUGUGAAAGAGAUUGCCAGUGGGUUAGACCCAUGGGAUGUUCUCAUUCUUGGCGCAGCCUUCCUCGCCACCCCGUCAUCCAUCGCCGAGUCUUCCACCGAGAGUUGGGCUAGUCCAGGCGCUGCCAUCAUUCCCGUCGCUGCUGCCACUGUGUUGCCGCCCACCAUAGUCCCGGGACUAUCGGCCUAUCUCAGCCCCAAGCUGGCCUUGAUCAAGAUGAUGGAGUACCUGGCAGCGGAGAACCCAUCGCUGUUUGUGGCCACUCUUCAUCCUGGUAUGGUAGAAACCGAGAUCUUCCACAAGAGCGGCGGCCAGGCAGAUCAGUUGCCAAUAAACACUGUGAAUUUGCCAGCCGAAUUUACUGUUUGGCUUGCUAGUUCAGAGGCCUCUUUCCUCCGGGGUUGA